AUGCCUUACAUUCCCAAACUGCCUCAGAUCCCCAACCGCUACGCUGCGGCCCAUGCCAAUCCCCAGGGUGAAGGCGAUGCUCGCCCGACUGCGCUUCAAAUCAUCGAAGAUGAGGGUCUAAUUGGCAAGCUAGACGACAAGGUGGCAUUAGUCACUGGCGGCACCAACGGCAUAGGCCUCGAGAUCGUUCGGCAUCUAGCCAAGACCGGCAUGAGGGUUUUCUUCACCUCGCGUAAUCUCGCGAAGGGCGAAAAACUCAAAGCCCAGCUGCAAAGCGAAGAUGCCGGCCUCAGACUAGAGGUUGUGGAAAUGGAGCUGAGUAGCUUGAAGAGCGUUAAGAAAGGCGCCGAACAUGUUCUAGAUAGUACUGUGCGAUUGGACGUUCUCGUCAAUAAUGCAGGCAUUGCGGCAACACCGCGUGGUUACACGGAAGAAGGGUACGAGCAGCAAUUUGGUGUCAAUUACCUCGCGCACUUCUAUCUCUUCCACCUUCUCAAGCCUCUUCUUCUGGACACGGCUGCGAACAAUAACGUGAACGUGCGGGUCGUCACCACCUCCAGCACAUCUCACACGGCCUCGACUGUCCUGCCGGAGAACAAUUAUGAUACAGCGAGCCCCAACGGCAAGGGCUACGAGCCUGGCGUAUCUUACGCCCACUCCAAUACGGCAAAGAUCUGGUUCUGCAACGAAGUCGAGCGCCGCUACGCAUCUGACGGUAUUCACGCCAUCAGCAUCCAUCCCGGUGGCUUCGGCAGUGGCUUGAUGGAGUCUUCAGACGAAGAGACUCGUAAGAUGCUGGAGAAACUUAUCCAGAUGCCUCACAUCAGAAAGGUGUGGAAGAGUGUUCAGCAAGGUGCUGCUACAAGUGUGCUAGCGUGUGUGGGCAAGCAGUACGAUGGCGUUGGCGGGUUCUACAUGGAGGAUUGUGGUGUUAGCAAGCCCAUUCCCGAUGAUACCAACUGGGCCGGAUAUGGAUUCAAGUCGUGGGCAUUUGAUGAAGAGGGAGAGAAGAAGCUCUGGGCUGAUUCAUUGAAAAUGGUCGGAUUGGAGGAUGAGCCCUAG